AUGCGCACGGAAGCGCUCUUCUUCGUCAUCCUUGGGUUUCUUACCCAAAAUGGAUUGACACAAUAUCAGCAGCCUAUGCAGUUCCAAGGUAACCAGGGAUACCAGCAGCAAGGAGGUGGAUUUCAAGAGCAAGGAGGCGGAUAUCAGUCAGGCGGAGGAGGCCAAAGGUUUGUGAUUUGAUGAUGUAAUUGGCAUGAUAUGUGCAUGCAAAUAUUCUCAUUUAUUUUGUUUUGGUUUGGUUCUUACGAAGUAUUCCACGUUUCGAAAGUGAUCUAGGAGUAAAAUACCUUCCAAAUGUACUCUUAAUCGACUUAAUUUUCAUUCCAAAAUGACGCAAAACCUUUCCCCUUUUCUUUUCUUGUUCUUUCACUUGUUCCUUCGGCCAAUUUCUCAUUAACAGUCUUGUUUUGGUAGUUUUCUUAAAAAUGAUAACGCUGAUGUUGCUCUCCGCGUUUUACACGUGGCUCCGUGAAAACUUCACGAUACGAUUUUGGAAGGGAGCAAUAAAAUCGGCACUGCGUAAAACGAGAAAAGCAAAACUCAUGAGAACCAAGCAUCGUUCACUUUUUCCUUUUGUUUGAUCUUUCCCGACGAGACGGAUCCUUUUCAGUAGGUACCAGCAAAGUCAUGUGAUCGUGGGACCUGGUCCUGUCAUUGGCGGCGGCGGCGGGAACUUUGGCGGCGGUCAGUUCAAAGAGCAACGGACUAUUCAAAUAAAGGAAGAGUGAGUGAAACAAGCGGAUCCUUCUACCCUUUCCUGUCCCGCAUGCGACUUUUCUUUGCAACCCUUUCUUCCGGUUCUAAAAUUAAAGGUGCUGCAUGACUAAUAGGGAAAACACGGCGGAAAUGAGCAGAUGACUCAUUGCGCAUACUGUUUCAGCAUCACGGGAGUCCAACAGGCCGGUGGUUAUGGCGGGUAUGGAGGUGCUUCCGGUUAUCAGUACAACCAACAGUACGGACAACGUUUUGGACAGCAGGGAUACGGGGGACAGGCGGGAGGGGUGAGAAUGUUCCAAAUCUCACAAGUCACAUAACUCAUCGCAACUUUUCAGCAACAAAUAGGAACGUCUGGAAGGUCAGUGUUCUCGAAUAAUCCAGUGGUUCUGGACUCAACCGGUAACACUCUGAUGGGCGCGGAAGUCGAUCUCAAGCUCACCUCGUACACCAAUUCCGGACUUCGUCUGCCCAACGGAACCACAUGCAACUGCCCCAUCUCUAACUGCAACUAUGUGCCGAGCAAUCAACAAAACCAGUGCCAAUUCAGUUUCGUCCUUGUUAUCUCCAGUGCAGAGUAAGUUGGACUUAACCACUUUGUUUUCCCUGGCUGGUCCUAGCUUAGUUUCAUACAUAUUCUCUCCCUGGGUCGCUGAUACGAGUAGCGAAAGUGAUAAGGCGUACGUGUUGUUAAUAAGGAUUGUUGUGUGUGGUAUGCAGGUGUAUGUGUAUGUAUGAGUGCGUCUAUUUACAUAUUGAUCGCUCCGGGUGACUAAUAGCUCAACUGAUAGUGAGUCAGUGAGUCAUGCAAACCCAUGCUGAAGUAAUACCGAACACAGGGGGAUCGAGAACCGUAGUUGGCAAAAUCCGCAAAAAAAUCCUAGAAGAGUGAUAUACGUAGUUAGCAGAAUAUGUGCGCCUUUGAAAACAACUAUGUCAAAAACUAAAAUUUCAGCCAAUCCAUCCAGUACACGCAAUCCAACUUCUACCCUGUACCUAGCAAUGGAAUCAUGACCACUGGAAAUUGGACUAACCAGUACACUUUCUACAUGACCACAAAACCAGUAAGACACUAGUAAUUAGGAAUCGUGGAUUGACAGGAUUAACUUUAGGUUGCCAUUGACGUUUUCGUGCAACAUCUUGGUGUCGUCAUCGACUCGACUAGCGGACAGCUUCUAUUCUUCAACCAUCUCGCGCUCGUCGACUCAUUUGUGGUUGAUAUUUCCAAGUUCAACACGGACAGUGCUGCUCAGGGACAGGCCGCUCAAACUUUGACUUUGACUGGUUUGAACCAACAAACCACGUGAGUUAACUAUGACUUGUACAGUUAAAAUCUAAACUUUGUUUCAGACUCCAAAUGAAUUUGAACGUGCAGUGCAUCAACAACUUUGUGGGGCCAUUGUGCGACCUCACCUGUAACACCACAAAUGUUCUCGCUAACCAAGGGAUCAUCUGCUACAGCAACCGUACCGCCACGUUCUCCGCUUGCAAAAUGAACACUUUGAGAACACAGGUCCCGUUUUCCAUUCUGUUUUGUGGUUCUUUCUGGUUUUCAAAGAAUUUCGAAACAUUCACUCAUGAUAAAUGUGCAUUUUAGGUGGUUGACUGCGUCGUGUGCACUCAUGGAGUUUACAACGGGACCUGCGCCGCUGCUGUGGUUGUCAAUAACUGGGUAAUCCCACCGACUUUGCCAUCUUUUUCCACACUCUUCUUCUCUUUUCAGGGCGUGGCUUAUGCCUUCCGAACUUGGACCAUCGUUCUUGGCUGCCUUCUCGGUAUCGCUCUUCUCCUCAUCCUCUGCCUCAUUCUGGCUUAUCUCAUGUGAGAAACUAUUUCACUUAUAACUAUAUUCAAGUGUCAUGCAUCUUUUUAGUUGCUUCAGAGUAUUGAACCGUGCCAAUGAGAAAGAUGGGGAGUAUUAUAAAUCCUAUGAGAACACCAACUAUGAAUCGAAAAAUACAUCUUCGAAAAAGUGAGUUUCUCAGUUCAGUUUUUGCAUCAUUUUUCCACUUAUUCAGUCACACCCGUUCUAAUGGCAAAGCCGGUUCGGAUCACGGAUCCGAUCAGCCAUUGGUGACCAACGAGGAAUGGACAAGCACAACGGCCACCAGGAAGCCCGUCGGCAUCCUCAGACCAGAAGGAGGAGGACGGACUUCUCAGGAACACGUGCAGACUCACACGAGCCAGGAGCAGAACCGUCAGGUGUUACCAGUGCCGCCGCAGCAAAUUAGUGGACGUGUGGUCCGUGGAAGCACAGACUAUGGAGAGAGACGACAGGACUCGCCGAGCACUGAGGUGAGAGAGAAUGGAUCAUUGAAACAAAAAAUUGCGAACUCUUUGUUUUCUCGUUUCAGGACAGCUUUGUUGCCAACGGACAAAUCCAACACACCACUACAACUGAGACACGGACAACACGUCGCGAGCACAUUGUUUGA